GUUCGGACACAGAGACACUCCAUUGACGGUACAAUCCAAAUGGCGACGACAGCAACAGCAGCAGCGGCCAUCACCGGCAGCGCAUCUCUCAGGUCCGACGGCACCGCCCUCUCCUUGUGUUCCUAUGAUUCCUCCGGAGGACUUCCCAGGCAGGCGUUGGAUCUUCGGCUCCAUCCCUCGAUCUGGGCUGCUGCCCGGCUCCGCGGCCGCAUCUCAUGCUCCGCGCUCUCACAAUCCACCGUUUCUGCCUCCAAAUCAAGCGAGCUGAAAUCUGGCCCAAAGGAUUUUCUCCACAUCAGUGACUUUGACAAAGAAACUAUCCUCAAGAUCAUCAAUCGAGCAGCUGAGGUCAAAGCAGUGUUAAAAUCAGGAGACAGAUCUUUCCUCCCUUUCAAAGGAAGGACUAUGGCCAUGAUUUUUGCCAAGCCAUCCAUGAGGACCCGUGUUUCAUUUGAGACAGGAUUCUUCUUGCUUGGCGGCCAUGCCAUUUACCUGGGUCCUGAUGAUAUCCAAAUGGGCAAGCGUGAGGAAACUCGAGAUGUUGCUAGAGUGCUUUCACGCUACAAUGACAUUCUCAUGGCACGUGUGUUUUCUCAUCAGGAUAUUUUGGACCUUGCUGCAUUUUCUUCUGUACCUGUUAUAAAUGGUCUAACCGACUACAACCAUCCAUGCCAAAUCAUGGCUGAUGCACUUACAAUUAUAGAACACAUCGGUCAAUUGGAGGGAAUCAAGGUUGUGUAUGUGGGAGACGGGAACAAUAUUGUACACUCAUGGCUUCUGUUGGCAUCUAUAGUUCCUUUCCAUUUUGUAUGUGCUUGCCCAAAAGGAUUUGAACCAGACGAGAAGACCGUUGAAAAGGCUAAGAGUGCUGGAAUUAGUAAGAUUGAAAUUACUAAUGACCCAAAGGAAGCAGUCAAGGGGGCAGAUGUUGUGUAUUCAGAUGUUUGGGCUAGCAUGGGGCAAAAAGAGGAGGCUUCAUAUAGAAAGCAGAAGUUCCAAGGGUUUCAGAUAGAUGAAGCUCUGAUGGAGAUUGCCGGUCCAAAAGCUUACUUCAUGCAUUGCUUACCCGCAGAGAGAGGCGUAGAGGUUACUAACGGUGUCAUCGAAGCUCCUAACUCGAUCGUUUUUCCACAGGCCGAGAACCGAAUGCAUGCUCAGAAUGCCAUCAUGCUUCACCUCUUGGGUCUCUAGGAUAAUAUGGAAUAACCAAGUUGGACCAUCAAAUUGGAUCUUGUGAAACAGUUCAUGAGGUUCCGGUAGAAGUAUCUUUACAUUUGUGAAACAGUUCAUGAGGUUCAAAACAUGCCGGUGAAUGGACCCGUAUGCUUUAUCGCAGUGGAAUAAAUUAUUCGUAAGCAAUUUUCUGGCGAUUUGAGUUCUGAAUUCUCUGAUUGCCAGAGGCGACUUUGUUCCUUCGUAUCUUUCGGUUUGUUCUAAAUGAUUCAAAUCAUCAACAAUCCCUAUUAAAGUUAAACGCACAGUAGUGUGAAGAAGUGAUGAGAGUUUUUGUAAUCGAUUUGAUUUAUUUAUAUUCUUGUUGUUUCUCUUUA